UAUUUCAUCCUAGUCCGGCCCCACAACAGUCUGAGGGACUGUGAAUCGGCCCUCCACUUAAAAAGUUUGAGGAGCCCUGGCCUAGGAGUAACCGUGAUGUAACUAAACAUACAUAAAAUGUUUUGUUGGGUAAGAUUACAAGCUACCUGGAAGUGGUGAUUAAAAUGUGUAAUCCCGAACAGGUUUAUGAGCGAGCCAGUUUCCAUUGAAUCCGUUGGAUCAUGCUGGCGAUUCAGAUGUUGGUGGCCUUGGAUGCAUCAUGCUCCUCUACUAGUAGGGCGGAAAUAGUAUGUCCACCCUAACUCCGAACUCCAAAACUCGUUCCAGGUGUAAACAAUGGCCAACUCAGAAGCUCAAGAGAAAAGCGCCGAAGUGAAGGAGGAAGAUGCGGCCCUCAUCGAGUUCUACAGCUCCUUCAAGGACUUGUUUGAGUUCUUCUGCCUCAACACCACCAUCCACGGCACCAUCCGCCUGGUCUGCUCCAGCCGCAACAAGAUGAAGACGGCCUUCUGGGCCCUCCUCUUCCUCACCAACUUUGCCAUGUUGUACUGGCAGUUUGCCCUCAUCUUCAACCGGUAUUGGGAGUACCCCGUGGUCAUGUCCCUCUCCGUCCACUCAGAGCCCAAGAUGUUCCCCGCGGUCACCAUAUGCAACUUGAAUCCCUACAGGGUCAACAUGGUCCGGAAAAACAUGGACGAGUUGGAUAAACUGGCACGGGAUAGUCUGGAGCGGUUGUAUGGCUUCAAUAUUCCGGAGAAAUUCCUGGAAGACGAUGCCGACAUUGACAUGGAGGACAUACUGGAUGAAGAUCCCAGUACUGGCAACAGCUCUGGAUUCCAACUGGAUUACAACGUCGCUCUGCUGCCGACAGAUGGGAAAUUGAGCUUCCGGGUGUGUAACGCAACGGGCGAAGACUGCUUCCGAAUGACGUACAGCUCCGGGGUGGACGCGGUCAAGGAGUGGUACCGUUUCCACUACAUGAACAUCAUGUCCGCGGUGCCCCCCAUUCUGGUUGCGCAUGCCGAGGACCGCAUCGAAGACUUGGUCUACGCUUGCCAAUAUGAAGAAAAACCGUGCAGAUCCAGUGUUACUGAACACUUCCACCAUCCAGUCUAUGGAAGUUGCUACACUUUUAACAACGAUGGGACAGAUGAGUUCUGGAAAGCUUACAAGCCUGGAAUUGUCCAUGGUCUGUCCCUUAUCCUCAAAGUCCAGCAGAAGGACCACAUCCCUUUUCUGUCCACUGACACGGGCGUGAAAGUGAUGAUCCACAACCACAACCAGACGCCAUUCCUGGAGCAUGAAGGGUUUGAUGUCCGGCCCGGCAUUGAAAGCACCAUAGGGCUCAAACAGGAUGAGGUGAAACGCCUGGGUGGGGAUUAUGGCGAAUGUACUGAAAACGGAGAGGACGUGAACGUCAAAAUAAUCUACAAUAGCACCUAUACAAUGCAGGCCUGUUUGCAUUCCUGCUUCCAGCAAGAAAUGAUUGAAAAGUGUGGCUGCGGAUAUUACUACUACCCACUGCCCGCUGGGGCCGAGUACUGCAACUAUAACAAGCAUCCCGCUUGGGGUCACUGCUUCUAUCCGCUUUACAAACAACUCAUGAGCCAUAAUCUCAGCUGUUUCGACAAAUGUCCCAAACCAUGCAAGGAGUCGUGGUACAAACUUUCAGCAGGAUACGCUAAAUGGCCGUCGAGUCCAUCAGAGGGAUGGAUCCACAAGACUUUGCAAGCACAGCACAAGUACAACAACACUGGCACCAGAAAAGAUAUUGCCAAGGUGAAUGUUUUCUUUGAGAGGCUGGACUACAACUCAUGGGACGAAUCUCCUGAAUACACGGAAACACUGGUCAUGUCCAACAUGGGAAGCCAAUGGAGCCUGUGGUUUGGGUCUUCAGUGCUGUCCGUGGUCGAGAUGUUUGAGUUCCUCGUGGACGCGGCCAUUUUGGCUCUCAUCCUUUUCUACCGGCGUCUGACUGCCAAGAAAUCGCACAAAAUGCCUCACUCUCCGACUGUCCCGAGUGUGAGUCUGAUGCUGGAGAAAUACCGCUAUGUGGAGGAAGGUCUGGCCACGAACCAGCAUCUGGAGAGGACUUGCAAUGGCGAGGCCACCUUCUCCCAAGAUGGUCUUCCUUCGUAUUCCAGAUACGACAAGUGCCAACUACCUGAACUGUACUUGAGUGUGGUACUCCGUAGACAUGGACCUCAGAACGAGCAUUGUGUCGAUUUAGGCUCCAACAGCUAAAGAAGUCAUGCCAACUCUACCUUGAGAACUUUGCAAGGUUCCUUCAGGACAGUGACUGAAAAAAGACAUUGUAGCUUCAGACUGUUGACAUAGCAGGUCCAGAACAAGACUGAUCGGAGUUGACGGACGAGUUGGAAUCUGGGUCGGAUUUGUCCAAGCUUGGGUUGUCACUCCAACCCUGAGCUGACUUGAAGACACCAAACGGAUCUUCUCCCGGUGGGAAGGAUAUUGAUCCAAAUUGGUUCCUGGACUGACUUGAAAACUCUUCAUGUAUUACACUAAAAAAAAUCCUGUUUCUAAAGCGGUUUCUUGUUUAAUUGUGUGGUACCGACUUUGAAAGUUUUGGAUACGCCUGACUUGUGGCCUCCUUUCAAGAAUUCGCUUGGAAAGUCUUAUUUCUUCCGAGGCCUGGCGGGUGUCCAGAUCUCGCCGUCUCUCUUCCCCAUUCUUGGCUUUCCGCGAAAAGCCUCCCAAAGAAACCAGAUCCGACUGGGCACCUCUGAGCAAACGGAUUGGGCCGUCAACAUUUCGCAGAUGUCCCCGAGUUAAAUGUUAAACCAUCCAUACACAAAUAUAUAUUUUUAAGUGUCCCUAAUCGGACGUUUACGAGCCUAUGUUCUCAACCAGGUUCCGAGGAAGAUGUGUGAUAACACUUGACCGCACUAAUAGGUUAAUGCCUGGGACGCGUUUUUUUGUUUGAAGGCGAGCGCUGUUCUGUUUGCUCUCGCUCAUAAAAUCCACAGCAGCGAGUGUGACUGUUCUUGCCGUUUGUGUAUCUUUCUUGCCGUCGUCCCGCCUUCACUGUGAGUUUGCUGAAACCGAGAGCAGAUCGGUUGUAAAGGACUCUUGCCAUUUUUCUUUGGUGCGACUCGUCACUACAAAGACUCCAGAUUGGCUGGAUUUCGUUUCCGAAUUUUGAAUAUCAUUGUUGUGAAUUAGAGUUGAGAUGUGCGGUGGCGCAAUUGUGCUGACUAGACUGUUGGGUUGCUGGCCUGAAGGUCGCCGGUUCAAAUCCGUGACACAGGGUGAGCUCCCAUCUGUCAGCUCUAGCUCGCGGGGACAUGAGAGAAGCUUCCCAGCAGGAUGGUAACACAUCCGGGCGUCCCCUGGGCAACAUCUCUGUAGACAGCCAAUUCUCUCGCUCCAGAAGUAAAUUGCAGU